AAACUAAUAAUAACACCAACAACUCACUGUUAUUAUUAUUUAUUUUUAAUAAAAAAGAUGAAGAAAUCGAUGCAUGGGAUGACUUUCUACAGUAAUAAUUAAAGGCAAUUUUUUCGAAAAAUGGCAGAACUAGAAGAUGAAGAAAUGAUGAUGAGUAGUAAUAGCAGAAGAAGAAGUGUUCCAGUGAUUGAUCUGAGAGAGUUUGAAGAUGAAAAAGCUUACACAAAACUGAGAGAAGCUUGUGAAGAAUGGGGUUGUUUUAGGAUCAUCAACCAUUCUAUACCGUUGGAUCUCAUGUCGCAGAUGAAGACCGUCGUCCGAUCACUACUCGAUCUUCCGCCGGAGAUCAAGGCCAGGAACACCGACGCCAUCGCCGGAAGUGGCUACGUGGCUCCUUCUCCGGCCAACCCUCUCUACGAGGCCUUGGGACUCUAUGAUUUUGGCUCGCCGGAGGCUCUUCGUUGCUUUUGUGAUCAAUUGGAUGUCUCUCCCCACCAAAGAGAGAUAAUAGAAAGGUAUGGUAGAGCAGUGUAUGGAUUGGGAUUGGAGAUUGGGAGAAAAAUGGGCAAGAGUUUGGGUUUGGAGAGAGAUGUGUUCAAAGGGUGGCCCUCACAGUUCAGAAUAAACAAGUAUAAUUUCAGUGAUCUCACAUUGGGUUCUUCUGGGGUCCAAAUUCAUACUGAUAAUAGCUUCUUGACCAUUCUUCAAGAAGAUGAAGAUGUUGGAGGACUUGAACUCAUCACCAAAAAUGGUGAGUUUGUGGCUGUGGAUCCUUGUCCUGGCACCCUCUUGCUCAAUCUUGGUGACAUUGCAACGGUAUGGAGCAAUGGGAGGUUCUACAAUGUGAAGCAUAGAGUAGUUUGCAAAGAAGCUACCAUUAGGGUUUCGAUAGCUUCAUUUAUGUUGGGACCAAAGGAGGAAGCUGUGGAAGCACCGGAAGAGUUGGUAGACAGCGAACAUCCUCGCCUGUAUCUUCCUUUCCAUUACGAACAUUACAGAAAACUCAGACUUUCCACCAAAUUGAGAGCCGGGGAAGCCCUUCAACUUCUACGACCAUCACCGCAUAAUAAUACUAAUUAAUAAGAGUAAUUGGUGAAAACAGAUUUUUAAAAAUUUCAACAAUCAUUUUAAUUUGUCUUUGUUGAGUAAUAAUUUAAUUUUAUACAUAAUGUUACUUUGCAAAAUGACUUUCUUUUGACAAUUUUUUAUAAUAUAAUUUAUGAUUGAAA